CGUGUGUGGGCGAGUACGGGGUGUGAGAGUGCGCUAGAGUUCGUCGGCGCAGCCGAAGAGCGAGACGCGCAAAGCGUUGAGAGAAAGAGGAAAGUGCGAAGAAGAAGCAAGCCACUUCUUCCGUACCAACCCAAGACGACCUUACCUUACCCCCCGUCUCCGUUCUCUCCCCGCUCCGCUCUGCUUCAUCACGGCGCAAAAAAAAAAAAAAAAAAACUAGAAACUAAAGAGGUCGAUAAAUUCACCCGGCCAGCAAAAGUCGCAAAAGUAGUCCAUCUCGCCAACUCGAUAACCCACACACCCCAAUCACGAUAGAUAUCACGACGCAACGAUCUCGCAGCGAAAGCUCUCCCGUCUGGACCGGGGAUUCAUCGGGAAAAUGGCGGAGGCGACGGAAUAUAGAAUGCCCACGCAAAAUGAGGACCUGGGACGACGGAAAGUCGGGCAUGAGGAUGAGGAUGCGGGUGCCGACAAGUGGAGGACGAGUGGGGAGGUGACGAGGGAGGACAAGGUUGUGGGUCGUGAUGAUGAGGCGGAAGUUGGUUCGCAAGCGGCGGCGGGGACGGCGGUGGCGGCGGCGGUGGCGGCGGUCGGGAAUAAGGAUAAAGGGAAGGGAAGGGAGGCGCUACUGCCACCAAGCGAAAACCUAUUCAGAACGUUGCCCACGGAGAUAGUCGUGCGGAUACUCUCCCACCUAACUCCACACGAGCUGGUGCAGAGCGCCUCUUGUUGCCGCGAGUGGUACUUCAUCGCCUCCGAUCCGUUAUUGUGGCGAACACUUGAUCUCUCAUUGCUGCAGAGCAAGCUCUUCAACCCCAAAACCGCAACCACACUGACAGCACGCCUAAAAUCGUGUCGCACCUUCACGCUCAAGGAGCCGAAAGCUCUGACUCAGCAGCAUGUGACAGCGCUGCUGCAUUUCCUGGCUGGGUCGCCACUGCUGGAGCGAUUGUACCUGCAGUCGAUGGGCUCCCUGCUGAACUCUCACUCGCUCGAGCACCACUUCCGCGUAUCGCAAUCGCGGUGUCUGAUGCACGUCGAUUUAUCGCACUCCCCCGUUACUACUCCCGCCGUGGUAGCACUGAUGGACCGACAUCGGGGGACACUCCGCACGCUGGACCUUUCGCACACCGCCAUCGGCGAUGGCACACUGCGCGCGGUCUCGACGGCGAAGGUCCUGCAUACUCUCGACAUCUCGUCGUGCACGUCGGUCUCUCGCACAAGCAUUCGGAACUUUCUGUGCAAGCGCUUUCCCGGUUGCCUGGUGACGUUAUCUCUCCGCGGCCUCCGGGAGGUCAAGAUCACGUGGCUAUACGAUCUGAUGAAGCUGCCGACCUCCAGCAACCUCAAGGUCCUGAACGUUGAGGGCUGCGAACGCCUCACGCUGGGAGAUCUGACGGAGCUGCAAGAGGCUUUCAGUGGGCGCGUCGAGAUCCGCCAUGAUGCCCGCGCCGAGGACGACUCGGUCUGGGGCUACCGGAGGUACAUUGAAUUCUUGAGUACCGACCCUACUUUACCGGAGCGACUAGGCGAGGAGGUGGAGAAGGAGAAGAAGAGGAAGGCGGAGGGGGGGUUGGGGUCGUCGGGGUCAGGGUCCGCGUCGGCGUCCGGCGGUCGUGAUACAGAAUCAUGUCCGCAGCCGAAACCACGAGGUGUACUGCCUCCUCCUCCUCCACGAUUAAUGGACGGCGACGCAAAAGGAAAGGGAAGGGGGUAAUUGGGCGGUAGUUCGGGAUUCGACAUCACACACGCACUCCACACUCCACCGUAGGUCUGUGGCCACCGACACGACACUCGGUUUCUUUUUUUUUUUGCUUUCGACAUUCGGAU